UUCGGUAAAUUUAUCAAGAUUUUUUAGCUUUUCUAACACGAAAAAAAUAUUAGACGAGGCUCUGAAUGCACACCUUUAGAAAGUAGAUCCAUAUUAUGCAGAAAUAUGAAAAACUGGAGAAGAUCGGCGAAGGUAAUGUCAGCAAACUUUGUGAUUUUGUAAAUGGCCGGUAAUAGAAUAUCGUUUUACAAUUAUUCCGCACUGCGCGGGAAAUUUUUUGUUUCAACGAUCUUUAGGUACAUAUGGAACCGUUUUCAAAGCUAAACAUAAGGAAACGCAUGAGAUAGUAGCGUUAAAACGAGUGAGACUCGACGAAGAUGAUGAGGUAAGUAUUUUAAAAUUGUGCUGUGACACAUGUAUGUUUCCCUCUUCCCUGUUGUGUGUGAUUAUAAAUAACCUGGCUUACAUGUGUGAUUAAAACAAGAUUGAAGUAGUUUUUGAACCUAGAGAAUAUUUUUUUUUCUUUCAGCUCUAAGCAGUAAAAGCAAAUGUGUUAUGAAUAAAUACUUUCGCUUUCUACACAGACCACUGUGAACUUGAUGUUUUCAAGUACUGUUUUCCUUGAAACAUUGAGUUAUACAAAACGAAAUUGUGGAAAGUUUUAUAGUCAGACCAUACCUACAAGUAACAUGUUGAUUUAAAUAAGACUCCUUCAUACACACCACGUGUACUUAUCUCUGUUGUUACGUACUCACCGAAUAUAAUCAUAGAGUUUUAAACACAGUAUUGUUCUGCCAUAUAGGACAGCUUUUUAUACAUAUGUUACAGUGGCAAAAAUAUGGAUACUGUUGCCGUAGUAAUUCAAAUCGAUAGAACUUGCAUAUUUCUUCCUUAUCUUUGGAAGCAUUUUUUGUUUCUUUUCCAGCUUGGAAGAAAAAAUAAUUAUCAUUUUCCUGAUGUGUGUUCAUGUGAUGUUCGUUUCAGGGAAUUCCUAGCUCUGCUUUGAGAGAAAUUUGUAUUUUAAAAGAGGUCAAACAUAAGAAUAUUGUGAGGUAAGAAAAUAGAUAGAUAGUAUUGUUGCCGCUGGCUUCAAGUGAUGCACAGCUGUGAUGAUCGAUGUUUCAGUGAGGGGCUUUAUUUGAUUUAUCAUUCAGAACAACUGUAAAUAUGUAUUUUUCACCAAGCGUGAGGUCAAGAUGGCUGGAUAUUGGCCAAGUUCUUUUUUGAGUUUUUUAUUGACCAAGACAAAGUUGAGGUCAAUAAAAGUGCGAAAAAGAAUGAGGCCAAUAUACAGCUGUAUUGUCCAAACAUGCUUAGUCAAUGAAGGAUUUAUUAUUUUGCCAAAAAGAGAACUUUUUAUGGUGGGACCAAUGCAGGAAAUCCUAAGCAGGCAAGAAACAUCCAUCUUGCCUUCUCAGGCAGCCAAUCAGAGCACAGAAUUCACUUCAUCUUGCCUGCUUGCUGAUUCAGCCAUACAAUAAAAGGGUUUAUUCAUUACCUCUCAAAUGUUAGUGGACAGUAGUCUGGAAAAUGGAUUCUCAUGCCUCAAAAUUCUAAGUACGCAGCUUUACAUCUGAGUGCAUUAUAUCAGAGAGUAUGGUCCAUUUGCCCAAUUUAAGAAAUUAGUAACGCAAAAUGUUUAUGUAUUUCUCAACUGAAAACUCAAAGCACUGGUCUUUAAACAUGAGGCUUGACAUUUGUAAUUUCAAGAAUUGAGCCUUGAGCCUUUAGAAUCCAAAUACAAGUGUCUGUUGUCUUACAUUUGAGUAAGUGGUAAUGUAUUACACCAAUUCUGUAACAGGAAGCACUGCUGAGUUAUUAAUUUUCUCCAGCUGUUUCACAUAAUACAUUGUUAAAGGAUAAGGCUGCAUACAUGUCUUAGAUUUAUGAAAGUAUCUUUUAUUUACACAUAUUAUAGGUCUACAUAUUUUUUUUGUGAAUAAAACUCCAGAAAAAAAUCUGUGUAGGAACAAAAGUUAUGGAAUUAUAGUGUCCUAUUUGUUUUUCGCCAUGAUGUGAUUUAAUUUAUUGAACUGUGGUUGGCCACAGCUGCUUUUAUCACCAUGAAGUGUUUCUGUAAUUUCUUUUUAUUAAAAAGAUAAAAUGAUUCAUACAGUGAAAAGCAAAUCUGUAUAAGUUUAGUCAGCUUAUAUUAUGCCUAAUGUAUACAAUGGUGUUAUUUUUGUUUAUGUAAAAAGAGAAAUCAAAGAAAACUACAAUGUAACCAUGAAUUAAUAUGAUGUAAAAAAUAAUAUAAAUUUUUUAAACACACCCUGAUGUCACCCAGUUUGGAUCCAAGUAUCCUACAGGGCUUUUAUAUGAACAAUCCAUUUUGUCUGAUUUAAUUUUAUAUCAUGAACAGUUUAUACACCUGCAAAAAAAACAUCUUGUUGUGUACAGCCAUUAUUGGUCAAACUUAGUUUGAUAUAUCUGAAUCGAAGUGCAUGUGUUACUCUUUAAAUAUGCAUGCCUCAAUGUGAUAUCAUCAAUAAAAGCACCAAACUUAUGAGCUCCUCUUGAGAGAGCACAAGUCUUGGCAAAUGUGAAAACAAUAUAAAUUUACAAUGUAGACUUCAAGUUAAAAGCCCCAAAGGUGACCAACAUCAACUUGCUUCCCUACUAACAAUACCAAAACAGAAUCAAGAUUGAAGGUAAUGAGAAAUAAUAAAAUAAUCAACAAAGGAAAAAUUAAUGCCUUGAUCUUUUGUCAAAUUCUCCCCACUGAUUAUUUCAGUUGUAGCCUGUAUACAGAGGCCCCCUCCCAGACUUCUUUUUAAGGGGAAGGGGGUGGGGGUCUGUACACAGGUUAGAUCAAUAACUAUUGGUGAUAAAAGUUUCUACCAAAAAAAAUGAACUGCUGAAAAUGAACUAACUAUUAGCCUGCGUAGCUGGCGGUAUUGUGUAGUAGUCGAGUGAGAUUUGGCGGCGGAGCCAUUCUAAUAUAAUCAAGUGAGAUUUGACGGUGGAGCCGUCAUGAGCGGCAAAGCCGCGAGAAAUACCUUCUGCCAGAGAACCAUGAUUUUUCGAAUGCCGCCCACUUUUGUCACCUUAGCUGAUAGUCAAAGAGAAACCUGCAAUUUGAAACUUCCGAUUAUUUUCGCGCGAGACAGUUUAGAAAUAAGCGUUGACAGGCUAAACACGACUCCUAAGCUCGUGAUAAUGUGAAACGUAACCUUGUGAGUUUGCUUGAACAGAGGUUUUUUAAUUUUCGUGGCUCUCGCGAGAAGGUUACUAGCACUACACAGUGCUUGUAUCAUUCUAAACUUUGACUGAGUAAAUCUUUUUUUGCAACACCAGGCUUAACAUUAAAAGGUCAUGAAGCUGGUUUGUUACAUGCAUACUGAGUAACCAUUUCCGGUGGUUUAUUCUUCUGUAGGUGUUCCUGAUAGGAUUUGAUGUCAGAUGCAGUUGUGUAGUGUUUAAUUUUCUUUGACCUUUGUUUCUUAUGGCUAAAUAAAGACAAUUCCAGCGCUGUGAAGUUUAAAGACGCCAUUUCAGCAAUUUGGUCAUCAAUUUAUGCUCUUUUUAAAGCGGAAAUCACAAUCACUUUACAUGUAAGUCUUUUUCAGUUUGCCAUCUGCUCCCUAAAUUGGGAAAUAUAUGCGAAGGCUCAUCUAACAUGAUUGGCAUAUGUAUGGCCCUCGACCAAUCCGUUUCCCCGCACACUGGUGUGCGGACUAUUCAAAAUACCGGGGUUUUCUGGUAGGGGGUAUUUCAACCGUCUCGUCCCUACUCCGUUUUUUUGGAACACGGCUCCGCUGCCAAAACUUUAAUCUCGGACCCACACAAUACCGCCAGCUACGCAGGCUAACUAACUAUAAGUUUUGUUGGUAGAUUACAUGAUGUGAUGCAUAGCGAGAAAAGGCUGACAUUGGUCUUUGAAUACUGUGAUCAGGUAAGACAGCGUUUGAUUGUUUUCUACACACACUCAAUCAAAAAAUAGCAUCAUUUGGAAAGUGCAUAUUUGUGUACAGUACCACUCAAAAGUGAGUUACUUCAACACUCUCAUGAGGCAAGAGUCUCAUCUUUAAAGACAAAACUCUUGUCUAGCUAGAUGGUCGUAAGUGUGGUUUUCUACUGGCUGAGGAACAAAAGGAGCAGAAAUGUUCUUCUCACACUCGGCUAGGAGUGUGGAUUCAUGGAUUGUGUCCAUGGGUUCUUCAGGUCACAUGGUGUUUUAGAGUUCAGUUGUUUUUGUUGUCAUCUGCCAUUGCCUGACUUGCCUCGCCCACCCGCCCUUCAUGUUUUUUUUUUGGGAUUUAAAGUACAUGUAGUGCCAUAGUUGUGGUUGUUCAUGUAUCUACAGCUGUACAUUGUCAUCUCAGUUUCUUGUCAGCCAUUUAUUAGCUCUUUUUGUACUGUAAAUCUAUUGAUUUGUGGUGUUGAUAUUAGACGUGAGGCUGCAUGGUUGGCUUGUUAUGACUCUCAGUUGUGUCUGAUAAGUACAUUUUCUUGUAUCAAAUGUCAAUAUUCCAAUCAGCAUAUGACCAAUAGGAUAGAUUCUGUGAGAGAAGAAAAAGCAGAUCAAAACUACUGAAAAUGUUCUGUUACGAAAAUGACCAUGACCUAAUGGAGUUAUGGGUACAAAAGGAUAAGCAUUGUAAAUUCAAAGGCUCUCUAGAAAAUUGUACAGUGCAGUUGCCAUUCAUACAUUUGUACUGUACGAGAUAACUUUUCAUGUUGGCAUGAAAAGUUAUCCGGUACAGUUUAGCCUUAUUUUGGAUAAAACUUGAUGUGACAUUAUUUUCAAUAUCUUGUAGGAUCUCAAAAAGUAUUUUGACAGUUGCCAGGGAGAAGUGGAUGCAGCAGUUGUGAAGGUGCCGUUGUAUUCUAAAUUACUGUACAUGUACAGCCAUGUAAUUAAUAUCAUUAAUGCGGGGCUAAAAAAAAGUCCCAUUCAAUCAUCCAGGGAAAGUAGAUUUUCCUGCGAGGCAAGUAACUUUUCAUCAGUACUUACUUGUUCAACUAUGGGCAAGGACCCAGGCAAAUCAUCUUCUAGCUAAAUCAUAAACUAAGAUGAUGAUGCAAUAUUUUAUUCAUGUAACAUUUACAUAAAAAAGAAGCGGCUUUUUCAAACAUUUAGCUAUAAAAAAUUGCAUAAAACCUUUUCUUAAAAAUAUGUAAGAAUUUUUUUAAAAAAGAUCUUAGGCCUAGCCUUAACACUCAGAGUGACUCCAUCAGUGCUAAACUCUUUGUUUAACUUGUAACAUAUUUUUGUUACUUUUCUAUAUAAUGAACCAUUGUUUUUUCUUGUAUAUUUUAUGGAACAUUCAUGCUGUACUUUUUUCUACUUGAUAAUGACAUCUAAGAAUGUCGAAACGUCGUAGAUUUUUUAACUUUUUAAAGAAAUUCUUGAAUGUUUUUGAAAAACUUUUUUACACAAUUUUUUUAUAGCUAAACAUUUACGUUGUAAUUACAUUACAUUGUAAGAUGAUGCCAAAAAUAAAAAACAGAAGCCUAAAUUUGGGGGAAUUUGGCAUGCAAAUGACUUACGGUAAACUGCAGCUGACAUUGUCAGUGUGCAAGCAGCUAUAUCAUUCAUGUAUUUAGCAAACCAAGUUAAAAUUAAUGUCUUCUUUGUUCUCAAGUCAUUUAUGUUUCAAUUACUGAGAGGCCUGGCCUUCUGUCAUAGCCGCAAUGUUCUUCAUCGGGAUCUCAAGCCUCAAAAUCUUCUCAUCAAUAAGGUAAAAAUAUGCCAUGAAAGAUAAUUGUUGAUUGCGGAUAAUGUGUAUAAAGGUUUCCUUUCUCACUUUCCUCACUAUUGUCACUAAUUGAUCGCUAUGUUUCAACCGCGUACUGCUGGUCUUCAUCAGGUGAUAGUGUCCAUGAGCGAGGUUCAUGCCACACCAAUCACUAACACCCAUGGUGGUACAUAUAGUCAUACUCAGUAAAUUGUCACUGUUGCCUGAUGAAGAGCAGCAGUAUGUGGUUGAAACAUUGUGAUCAGUAUCUACACAUAUGAAAGUGACAAUCAUGAGACAAGUGAUUAACAAGACCCUUUAUAAGGUAAAAUAUACAGGUGCAGUGAACUCAGAAAAAAUGUGAACUGCGCUUCAGACAAAUGUUAAUGAACCCCAUACUGUUAGAACAGUCAUACCCUAGUUUUAUUAGCGUGUAGCACCUACUGAAAUAUUAUUAUUUUAGUUCCCCACUGGGUCUGAUGCUUCAGGCAUGUUCCAUCACAGAGAUGCCUUCUGUAGUAUGUCUCCAGGGGCCCGUGUUUCGCCAUCCUGGUAACUCUUUGGCACUGAAAUCAAAUUUUCAAUUCAAAAAUAUAAAGAAUAAAAGUAUGUACAGGUCCUUCCAGUCCAUUUUGUUUUAUUAACUAUAGUUUUAUCGAUGUAUUAUUUGCAAAACUAUUGAAACCUCAAUCUGGAAUGCAGAGGAAACAACAACAGCUUUCUGGGCUGGUUAACAAUUAUUGGGGCUCUCAAGAAACAGGUCCUAGUGCCCAUAUAUAUUUAUCCAUAUUUAGGGUUUAAACACUGAAGGGCCCAUAUUUUCUCAGACCAGUGAUUAUUACAACUAUAGCUGUCUUUACUGGUAGUACAAUUUUAAUAUUAUUGGCACUACUUGUGUUCAUGCUGCUAAAAAAAAGCUAAUGUUUCUCUAUCUUUCUGUAGGAUGGUGAACUGAAGCUGGCAGAUUUUGGUCUUGCGAGAGCAUUCGGCAUUCCUGUCAGAUGCUACUCUGCUGAGGUGAACAAACCUUAACUUGCACUCUAAACUUUUUCAUUUUUUCAUCCAUAUAUGAUUUUAGUGGCGUAGGGAGGGAGGCACUCCCUACAAUGACUUAUACAAAGGAGGCUCUUUCACAAAAGCGGUACAUAUACAUGAAACUUGUUCAGGCCUUUCAACUGUAGGUAUAGUGCAAAAAUAUAGGUUUCAAGGGUCGAAAUAUAUGAAAGGGCAGGGAAAUCUGUCAAUAGCAGUCUGUGGAAGGACCUAAAAGGGCUGAACAGAUGGUUUAUUGUUGUGGGUAUGAUUUCUUCCUAGAAAAGAUCUAUUUCUGUAGUUUCUUGGUGUUGCGGAUGGUUGCAAUCACUAAAUGACGUAACACAGAAGAUUCAAAGAGCCAACAAUGGUUUCCGCAAGACCAAGAAACACCCAUUUCGUCUUGAUACUGAGGUGUACCUUUUUGUCUUUUUUGUGUGUACUCAGGUGGUGACCCUGUGGUAUCGCCCCCCUGAUGUCCUCAUGGGAGCAAAGUUAUAUUCAACUUCAAUUGACAUGUGGUCUGCUGGGUGUAUUUUUGCAGGUGAGCUUGGGCCAAUGGCUGAUGCAGGGAAUGGUCUAGAAUUUCUCCUCUGCAAACUCAUGAAUUGACUUUUUUAAGCAUGAGCUCUGGAGUAAUUUUAUCAAAACAAACCGUUCGUAGGCAUUUUCACCAAGAUUCGGAUAGUUAAGAGAUAUUUAGAAUUUUCCGGGAAAUUUAGAAGUUUUUAGAGUCUUAAGAGCUUUUUUCCCUGAACUUUGUGUUUUUUUAGAGGGCCAACUUACUUGUUACGACUUUACUUCGUCUCGUGGUUUUUUUUUUUGCCUCGUAGCUGAUGGACCCUACACGUAGCCUUUUUUCCAUCCCUCAAAGGUCGUUAGAGGACUGUAAAACCGAUGGAAGCUUUAGAAUUUUUUUUUUGGUUUCAUUUACGCAUGAGCGGAAUUUCAGUGGCGAAGAAAAAUGUCUAAUUGGUCGAUACAAGACCACGUGAAGCUAAACGCAGACACGGUUGGACGACAUUGCGCAUGAGAACACCAUUAUUUGUAGGCAGUUAUUUGCAGGUCACGUGGUGGGCCCUCAGCCAAUGAAAAGAAAGAAAAAUUUGCAUCGAAUGAUAAGAAACAAUUAUUGGAUGAGGUUUUUGUGAUAUCCGGAAUAAUCAAGGUCGAGGUAAGUGUUAUCAGCCGAGCCCAAGGCCGAGGCUGAUGACACUUACCGAGACCUUGAUUAUUCAGGAUAUCACAAAGACCGAAUCUAAUAAUUGUUUUAUUGUACAUUGUUUUGAAGAAAAUAACGACAAACACACCGUCGAAAGGAACCUGAAUUGAUAUUGUUAUUUGAAAUCAUACAUUGCGCGCCUAACCUACAGAUUAGACUGCUAGCAGAUAACUAACUAAUCUGUAGGUUGCACAGAUUUCCAAAUUUAGCUGUAGGCUCUUAGCCAAUGAGAAGACAGAUAGUGAGUACAAUGUAUAAUAAUAACCGUUAACCGUAGGUAAAUGCGUCCACCUAACGCAUCCAUGUUCAGGUACGGGCAAUUCUUGACCUUAGCGAUAUGUGCAUGGGCGGAACUGCUUGGAGGGACAGAUAGGUUACUCAAAAACUGGGUGGAGUGAUAAUGCCACAACUACAGCUGGAAAAUUAUGGACGCCUUUUAUAUAACUGCUGGAAAAUAUGUUCGCCUACUGUAAAUGAUCUUAUAGACGCCGGGGGCGUCUCUGUAAUUUUAGGACCCUAAGUGAUGGGGGCGUUUAAUAGACGGGAGGCUUUUAUUCUAAUAACUGUAACGAACUCCACAAAGCUAAUAUGGUUUCGGUGAGCAUAUCACCACGGUUUAUAAACGGCAGAUUAUCCAGUCCUUCUCUUGCUACGUCUAGGCCGUUUAGAGAUAUCUAUUGUUUUUUAAAGCUCAACUUCCUUGUCAGAAUCCUUAUAGCCUGCGUAGCAAGCGUUUCCGUUUAGUUUUGGACCAUGAAAGAAAGACCGAGGAACGACGAAGAUUGGUCGAAGAACGGGAUUUUCGGUUUUGGCUGCGCGAAAAAUGGAACGAGAGUGAAAGAGAGGGUAGGGGGUGAAAGAGAGGGUAGGGGGAGGGGAAGGAAGGGGUUUGUCAGCAAGCGUUUCCUUCCUUUCUUCCCCAGCCCCUCCCGCUCUUUUACUAGCCCCAUUUUUCGAGCUGUCUUUGACUCUCGUUCCGCGUUCUUUGCUGCGAAACCGCACGGACACGCAUGCUACGCAGGCUAGAAUCCUUACUUUGAACUUGACAAUGAACAAGACGUUAUGAGCAAACUAUUAUUAAUCAAGCAAGAAAAUGAAUAAAUUGUUUUAUUUUGCUCUGUUUUGCCAUUUCCUAUCAUUUUGGAGCAAUUGUCAUGGGGAACGUCUAUCAUAGAGGGGGCGUUUGUGAGUGUUCCAUCCCAAGGUCUUUAGAGGUCCCUAUCUGAUGAAAGGCCUAAGCGUUCGCAUUUUUUUACCGCGCUUGGCACCGGACCUGUUUUCCCGCGUUUUCCAAACGCUGGAUCUGAUUGGUUAAUAGCACCUUGGGCUUCUCCAGUUGGUUCUUGAGUUUUUAAAAUUUUAUGUUAGCUGUCAUUACAAAACUUUCUACCGUUUGUAACAUAAAUUUACCUCAAGUGGUAUCUCUUUCUCUCUCUUCAGAAAUGGCGAAUGGAGGUAGACCGCUUUUUCCAGGGAGUGAUGUCGAUGACCAACUUAGACGAAUUUUCAAGUAUCCUUUCUUAAGCAUAGUUCAUUGUCCAUGAAUCGUUUGUGUUGUUUAUCAUUUUAGUUUCUAUGCUGUGCUUGAUAAGGGGCUGAUCAUUUGACUUUUGAGUGGGGGUGUGGGUAAUUUCAGAAAAAAAUGUGCCGCAGAAUGAUUUCUAGGGAAAAAAUAUCUUGAAAGGAAAUACCUGGGGAAAAAAUAUCCCCCCCCCCCCUCAAAAGUCAAAUGGUCGACCCCUAAGAAAACGUGAUAAGACGAAGUUGUAAUUCCAGAGAAACGGCAGCUAAGAAUUGUUUGUUAAAAAGUGAUUAGCAUUUUUUUCCUCUUGACUAGUCGUUAUCAAAGUCCUUCAAAGUUUAUACUCGUAAUUUUUAGCGUCAAAGGCGUGAAUUUUUUUUCGUGACAUUACCAGGAUUUUUGCUAGAUGAUCCGUUCAUAUCCGAAGACGUCCGAGGAUCUCCGAAGACGUGACGAAGGUGUUAACUUUUGUCCUCAAUGCUUUUCCUUCUAAAAUGAGAGAUUACUUCAAUAGUAUACGAUCAUUCACACACACUUUCCUUUUCUCACAUUGGUUCGAGUUUAUGUUAUUUUGCAUCUUUUUCGAAAAUUUCUCAGUUAAGACUGUGAUAACAUUUCUCUGACGUCAUUUCUGGGAAUCCAACAUGCAAAUCCCGUUAGUACGGACACCUAGGGGUCAUGUUAUUUAAGUCAAAAAUACAAGUUUUCUUUGAACAAAAUAAUACUAAAGAAACAAAACAAGACAAUUACUAGCAUCGUCGAAUUAAACAUUAAACCUUCACAAAUCCGUCACCACGUGGACUAAGCCCAUGAAAACACCCAACAUCGUUCAUUUUCAAUAUACAUUAUUUUAUCGAAAACUCAUAACUCGCUUGAUGCUAAAAUAGUUUGAAAUUGACAUCUACGAUUCAUCCUAUUCGUUGUAAUUCAGCGCUGGAAAUAUCGACAUGUUGUCAACUGAAGUUUCUUUUACCUUUGAAAGGAAAGGUUUAUUACAGCACACGGUUGACAAUGAAGUGUCCGCAUUAGCGAGGUUGAUUUUCUACGAGAAUCUCUUGAUUGGAUAGGAAACAAGUGUCCUUUGUCCGCAUUAACGGGUGUUCGUAUUAUAAGGGUUGAAUUAAGAGAAAAUGUAGGGGCUUUUCCAGAGACAACGAACAUUGUCCGUAACAAUAAGGUGUCCGUGUAAAGCAGCUUCUAUUUGCGCCGUCGUAUUUAAAUUUUUAGCUUAAAAACAUAAAUUGUGAUCGGGCAAAGGCGCGGCUAUUAACGCAUGCUGCAAAUAAAUCCACGCGGCCCUUAACCCUUUCACUGCCAAAUGUGGCCAAAGGCAAAUUUCGACCAAAUUCCAAAUUUCGUUGUCGAAAAUUUUGACAAACAAAUAGCACCAUGUGUAAGUACAGGCAGAGAGGUUUCAUUUGAAUGGUCACAUCAUAGGAUUUCGUUAGCAGACUCAAAAGUUAGAGUCACCUUACAAAACUCCAUCAGGUACUCUGGCAGUGAAGGGGUUAAAACGACAUUUACGAUUGCGGUUUCACGUUGAGUACAAACCUUUGGAUUAAAAUAGUUUGCAUACUAGCUAAAUUGGUUGCCACCAUUCUCCUUAGUCUAUUAGACGGGGAAGUAGAUGAGGAUAACUGAAGAAAAGUAAACAUCUUUGGUUCAUGAUAAGCGUAUUUGUUAUUUCUAAGGUAGGCUUGCCAGCGAGAGCAGGUGACGGGAGAAUCAAGACAGGGCGGCUCCCAGGGUAAAGCAAAGCAAAUUACAUUAACCAAAUUUUAGUGCGGACCUAUAGAAUUAUUAAGAUUACUACCAACUUGUUGAUAAUUUGUAGGGUAUUUUGCCUGAAAUUGAGAGAAUUCACAAAACAUUGAACUUCUUUCUUCCGACAUCGAUAUUCCUUGCAUGCCAAAGUUGAUGGCGGUCGUGAUGUUUGCGAAUGAGAGAUUCCAACACAAACAACUGCGGCCACGUAGCCUUGAAAUUUGAGCAGCUUCGAGUCUUUCUAAGAGUGAACAGGAGCGGUUAAGGGCACGCGAGAGUUGUGUUAUUCGGUAAAUGUUAUUCAUAUUCUUUUUUAUAAGAAUAUUGAGGAUGAUACUCACUAAGGCGGCAGUCUGAUUAAAAUCAUUGUUUUUCGUUUAUUUCCGCCCUUUUUCUUAAAUAUCUCGCCAAGAUUUCAUUCAAUCCAAAAAUGACUCAAGAUAGUUGGAGUCCUUAGUUCAAACUUUUUAUUGAGAAUUUUUGGAUGAAUUUUCGAAUGCUUUUAAUGUAUAAAAAUUAGUGAGGGAAUGGUUAAAAUUUUGGAAAAUUGGAAAACACUGGAAUUUGGGGUUGUUAAAAAUUAGAAUAUGAAGUGGAUAAUUAGUAGACAAGAGAUGAAAUGUCAGAUGUACCACCACAACAGCAUAACUUGUUUAUGCGUAUACUGUUUCUACCCUAAAUUAUUUCCUUCCCAAAUCAACAUCAUCCCCCCCCACACCACCACCACCCAAAAAGCAACUUCCAGACUGCCUCCUUAAUGGACAUCACAUCUAAACGAUAAGGCUUGCCGUAAUUAGACUGCAGGGAUACCUAAACUGAUCAUAUUUUAAUAUGGCUUGUAGAGCUGGCAAUCCAAACUGAAAACAUGAAGAGGAAAGAAAGUCAAGGUUGUGGUGUCACUGAGAUCAUGAAAAUCGCUCCACGUUAUUCGCCCAAUUUUAUAACACUUUCUAUGACCUUCCACUGUAGUCGAAUGUAGGAAAAUCCUGAAACGUUUUCUUUCUGCUUUGACGGCGGAAACCGAGACUGAUGAAUCAAAUUAGCGAAAUACGCAAAUCAUCUUACUUAUAUGAUAUUGUUUUUGGCAUCUACAGUUUAGAAUUUUGUUUGGACGGGAGACAAGGUAUACGAUAACCGCACAAUUCCAAUGACAUGAGAUUAACGGAAUACGAAAAUCAUCUCACUUAGACCUGUUUCAAACGUCGUGCUACUGCCGAGCUCAGCUGGCUCUACCGUAGCUCGACUGCAGCACGACACUAGCACGACUUGGUUUCAGACGUGGAAUUUAAUUCAGUCGAAUAGAACGGCUGUUGCCGAAAACAAAACACAAUAAUAAAGAAACUGUUCAGCAAACUUUUAAAUGUAUUCUAAUGAAUUUGUAAUUUAUGAAUUGAGUUCGGCACGGGAGUAGCACGACGUUUGAAACCAAGUCGAGCUACUGCCGUGUAGCACGGCAAGGCUUGCCGUGCUACACGGCAGUAGCACGACUUGGUUUCAAACGUCGCGCUACUGUCGUGCUAAAGUCGAAUUUAAUUCGAUCAACUGAGUUCGGCACGGCAGUAGCACGACGUUUUAAACGGGCCUUAGAUGAUAUUGGUUUUUGGUAUCUACAGUUUAGAAUCUUGUUUGGACGGGAGACAAGGUAUACGAUAACCGCACAAUUCCAAUGACAUGAGAUUAGCGAAAUACGACAAUCAUCUCACUUAGAUAAUAUUGGUUUUUGGUAUUUACUGUUUAGAAUCUUGUUUAUUUCUUGUCAUUUUGUUCGUUUGAACGUUGAGAUGUAACUUAGCGUAAAGAAUACGUUGAACUUUAAGGAGUUUGUUUACCCAGGGGGGACUUUCAUGUGCGGGACCGCGCUCAUUGGCAAGCGUGCGAGAAAAAACCUCUGGUACCCAGGGAAGGGUGUUUUAUCGCUGUUAUUCUGAACUAUAACAGAGUGUUAAACUGAACUACUCCAGGAUUAAGAAGCUAGAUGACGGUACUUUUACUUCUGCUUCUUUCGUUCAUUUCGUAUUCAUCUUGUACAAAGCAAUAGUCUUUCAGCAACCCAAUCCCAGGCGAAAAUUAACAGGCAAAGGUGAUUCCUAAGUUUUGGAAAUCACAUUUUCUCACCAAAGGAAUUGAAUUUGAAGUAAAGUAAGGCACACAAGUUAACUUAAAUGCAAUCCUUUUUUGGUUCAAGGUCCCAUCCACACCUGUUUGAUAAAACGACUAAAACCGAUCACCUAAUCCUCAACUUUUUGAAAACAUUUUUGAACACUGGCUUGUCGUUGUCUUUUUGACGGAUAAAAACCGUGACGUCACAGUGUCCCAUAUCGUGCCAGAUACUAAGAAUGUUUCACUGUCACUUUAACUUGUCCAAUGCCCGUAUUUUAUGGGACCUCCAUUUAGGUUAUUUGAAAUAAGCCCUCGGAGCGAUUAUUGGGGGAUUUAUGAUAAGAGAGAUAUUGUAGGCAUCAAAGAUGAGCAAAUUGAUUGAAAUAACUGCAGAAGACGGUGUACUCACUGUAAUGGCCUAUACGAGGAGGCACCGCCGGAAAGGGGUACCUUUUACAGGCUACAGGUAUAUGAAAGGGUAGAGGUUUCACUUGUUGAAGAAUAUUAAAGGGGAGGGAAAUCUGUCAUUUCGGUCUGUACAAAGGCCCAGAAGAGAUAAGAGAUGCAUUUUGACGCUGUGAAAGAGUCGAUAAAGCGUUCUGGUGUUGUAAUUUAUUCAUAUUGAAAAGACAGUGCAUUUACAGCAGUUGAAAGGGAUGCAAACUUCUAAACUAGGAAUGUGAAAGGGGUUCCAUUUGUCAAUAGCAGGUACCUUAUGAUAGGAAAUUAACGAUGCACGUUGACAACGCGAAGAAAAUUUACGUUACACAAAAUUAACGCGAAUUUUCCAAAAGUUAGGUUUACAUACAUCAAAUUAACGCGAAAUUUUCGAAAACAAUACAAAUCCCCAUAAAGAUGACCCUGCAGUGGGAGGAUGAACGCGCCACGGAAAUUCUACGAAAAAAGACGGAUAAAUACGAAGACCAGUCGACACACAUUUGGAACUCAACUUUUAAAGAAGAACUGUCAGAUAGUGACUCCGAGGCGUUGAUGGAGGAACUAUGAACAGACGAGGUUUUGUUAUUGAAAUAAGGGUGCUGUAAAACAACAAUGAUGUAAAGUAGUGUGAUUUAAAUUAACAUCGACGUAAAUUAAGAUGCAUUAAAUUAACGUCAAAAUUGCGUUAAUAAAGUGCAUCGUUGAUUUCCUAUAAUAAGGUAUACGAAAGGGGUAACCUUUUCUGUCAGAAAUAGUGUAGAUACAGUUUAGGGGCUGGACCUUGGGCGGAUCCUCUCCGUAAAAUACUUUCUUGAGUUCCUCCCCCGCUCGGGGCCUUCCUUUAAACAGUAUAUAGAUAAGGGUAAGCGGCUGGACCUUGGGGCGGAGCCUCCCCGCGUAAAACGUUCUUGAGUUCCCCCUCCCCCCUUCCUCCCCCUCGGGGCCAUCCUUUAGUCAGUAUAUCAACUUUGCUGCGUUUUCUGACGGUGGGCCUGAUAUCACCACUCCACGUCUCACUUGUUAUUGUUGCCGCGAUAGUCUGUUUUCGUUAUCACAAAACGGACAAAAAUAUGUUAUGCUUUUUAAAGCUUUUAAUCUAAGAUGUAAGGAUUUUUCCCUUUGGUUUAGCUUCGACAUGGAUAUUUGUCAAAGUUUGGAUUUGUCUUUUUAAGUGAAUCAAACAAUGAAAUCGCCGAAUUUUGACAACAUGCUGUGGAUACUCGACCAAACAUUCUACUUUUAUUAUUGCACUGAUUAUACUCACGGCUAGACAUCAUUUAGCAUUUAUGUAACAUCCAUUGGACAACUUCCGGCUCUGUCAUUGCAAAUGGUCAACGUUGCCAAAGUUGGGACUGCGUGCGUUUAAGCAAUGAUUAGUUGUUGACAUUUGACAUCAAUAAAACGCCUUUAAUAACAAAACUUUUUUAUUGUUAGCCAAAAAACUUAACCGCAAAAAAAACUGACAAAACAUUCGUUCAACAUGAAUUCGCGUUCCAGCACUAUCUGGGGUGCAGGGAAGCUUAGCACGCUAAGAAAAUGUUGCAUAAAAUGUUACGACAUUUAGCCGCGGGCAUAGGGACUUUACACUCCAAGAUGUUUUCCUUGCUACGCAAAUUAGUAUCCACUUUUAACCGGAAAAAGCUUUGAAGAAGGAAAUUAGUCCUUGCAGAAUUGUCAACCCUUAAAAGGAGUGUAAUAUUUGGGAGUUUAAGCAACACCGACGGCGACGGCCACGAAAACGUCACUUAAAAAGUGAAUUGGCGCUGUUUCAAACUUUAUCGCGCUUGUUCUAUGUCGUUUGAGUCGUCAAAUGUUGGCAAAUGUUUUGAAGUUGAAUUCUAAAGGACUCUAUCAAAGUUCAAGAACAGAAAAAGAAAGUUGCUGUCUUGUAUUCCCCCCCUCGACAAAACAUGAAAUUAGGCACUUUAACGUUGUAGUCGUGCAACGACGGCUAAGAAAUGUACAAAAAAGCGUGAUGCACGUGCAAAGUUGUUGUUUUGCCAAUCUAAACUUAUUGCUUUUUUGCCGUUCGCGUUGCCGUCACCGUCGUCGCUGCUUGAGCUCCCUAAAAGCGAACAAAUACAGGGGUUAAUAGGGAUCCUCCCUAAAAAAAAACCGUCGCACCUUGGGAAAGGUACUUGGUGUUAAGCAAGGCUCUUAGCUUAUGUAUAGAAAAACAAAAUUUUAUUUUUAUUUAUUUAUUUAUUUAUUAUUAUUUGUUUAAAUUUGUUAUGUUGCUAUUAUGUGCUUUCUCAUGCAAAGUAUUCGAUUGCACGCGACAACCUUUGCGUGUGUUUUUUUGGCACGAUUUCAUAGUUGUUAGAUCAAAACAACAACAAAUUAAUGGCUUUCAUUUUUGCCAACAUGCAUAUUUCCUAUUAAGGUAUUUCUAACUGGAUUUCCAUGUUACACCUCAAAAACUAGCCCUGACACAAUCCUUGGAAUAUGUCUUUUCUACACGUAUAUUUUUUUUUCUCUGUCGGUCAAUUUUUUUUUAAGACGAUCACACAAGAUCAAGAGAAAUCAACCACUUGAGGAAAUCUGGCCUUUGUUCAACUUUUCAAUCCACUUUACGUUCCAGACCAGCCCAGACAAAGAUAAUCGACAAAGGUUUUAAAGUACAUCACAUUUUCUCAAUGCUCUCAAUGAAAGAGGAGAGUGAUUUGGGGGGAUCCUAAUACAAUGGGUUUUGUCUUUCUAAAGUUUUGCUUGCAACGAAGUAAUGAACAUACAUAGGCCACUGUGUCCAUAGAGUAACACAAUUUAAACGUAAUAAAGUCGAACCUCUCAAAACCUGUUUCAUACGGGCACUAAACGGACUGGCCCAUGUGUUCUGCAUGCAUCGCAGAGGUGUCCAUAUUAUAGAGGUAGGAUUUCGAACCAAGAAAAAAGUAUCUUUUGAGUAUGAAUCUAGUGAACAUGUCACGCGCAAAACAGAACAUCAAAAAACAAAAAGUGCAAACAAUAGAUUGAACAAAAACAAUGGAUAAAAAAGAACAAAAACACAAAGAAAAUAAAUCACAGGUGCUUAAACACGGUAAACCUCAAAAAUUCCAAGCGUCCGUGACUGUACUAUGCGCAAGGACGGCUUUGUUUGCGUGUUUAAUGCUUCUUUCACGUGCGUACGUACUCAGCGGUUUCUUUUUGAUUAAUUAGUUCUUAAAUAGAUACUGUACCACUAUUAGUUACGGUCAGCUCUCUCUUAACGGACACCUAGAGUUGGUCCCUGCCUUUCUUUACUCAUUUUAGUCGACACUCUGUAAGACGGUCAUCUGUCGUAGACGGACACAUAAUGUCGGUCCCAGAGCUGUCGGUUUUAGAGAGAGUUAACUGUUUUUAAUUGUGCGUGAUUCCUUGCACGGCGCGCGCCGCGUCUCGAGUAUUUUCAGCCCUCGUCGAGGUGGUCUUUUUGCUGAUUUCUAAACGGCAUUCGGUCUCUCAAUUGCAGACACAACGAUUAAUUGUCUUUGUGUUGAAAAUAGCAACUUAGUUUCAUUGUAACGAAUUAGUGAUUGCUCAUACUAAUUAUCAGUUUGCUAAGGAAAGUGAGUUAUAAACAAAAUGAGUAAACACUUUUUUUGGCGAGUAUAGGACGGCUUUGGAAGUCGACAAGUCAUUGUGUGAAUACAUGUUGCCGUAUGGUUCAAUGUAUCAAAUCACAUUCAAAUGCCGCUAACUUUGACAACGCCGAAAUAACCUUUAGCAAAAUAAUGUGUAAAAAAAACUACUAUUCUUGAUUACAGUUCUAUGUUCCCUGGUGCGGUUUCCUUUUAUAUACAUUGCUGUUCUGAUCAUUGUUCUUGGCGGUAAGGUUGGUGUGUUUCUCAGCUUUUUGGUUUUGUUCAACCGGACAAUGUGAUAAAUAUGUACCCUGGUGGGACCUGCUCUUGUCCCCCGUCCUCAGUUUUACAUCUCUUUUAUCCUUCCCAAAUUGCUGCUUUAAGCCAUUUUAGAAUUAUUUUUAGCUCAAUAAGAGAGUGCUCGAUCAAAGCGCCUCUGUUCAGCUGUCAUUUAAUUAUGCUUUGGUUUGCUCCUUGACCACGCCCUAGAGUUUUAGGUCCACCUUCGGAAGAAACAUGGCCCAACGCGUGUAAACUGCCAGAUUACAAGGUACAACUUGCUCUGAGAAAACUUUAAAUAGCGAUCUGCAGUCACUAGUAUAUCUCGUUCGAAGAAAGUUAUCUUUAGCAUUUUUAAAAAUAUCAGUAGCUGCUGUCUUGUCAAAGCCUAUUGCUUGACUUUGCGUGUCUAGUUUGAAACAAUAAGAUUAUAUCACUGAAUGUCUGCCUGGGUAAUUUGAUUGAUAAUACCAUUAAAAACUAUUUUUAACAAAACUGAAACGGUAAGUGCAAAAAUAGCAUCUUGUGUUUCUUUGGCGUGAGAAAUUUUGUCUCUGCCAAUUCUUCAUUUUCUUUGUUUGUUGGUUGGUUGGUUAAUUGGUUGGGGUUUUUUUGUUAUUAUCUUAUUUUCUCACUUCCUCGCCACCGAUUCUUGGAAAACAAUUUUCCCUUUGAGAAUCUGAUUUCCCAACAAAGUAAUGAUAUGAUCCUAUAAAGUUCAAUUUUUGUUCUGGGUUUUUAAAAAUGUAGCUACUUUUCACGCCUCUUGGAUGCCCGGUUAAGGAAAACCCCAGGGAGGUUGACAGGGGGUGUCGAUAAAACUCCCAGUAUUUGAAACUUCGACCUGCUAGCGUGCAGGUGGUAAGAUACAAAGUGAUAGUGUUAAAAAUAUCGAUAAAUCAGACGAGACUUUGCAUAAGAAAAGAUCACACUUUCCAGUGGAAAGUAUUAACCCAUUGAGUCCUUAGAGUUAUCUCGUUUUAAGAGAGAACUAUACGAUUAUUUGAGGAAAGAUGAUAUUGAUAAUCACAGGUGUACAUUGUGAUUCUUUUAAUUUUUUUUAAAUUAAUAUUAUGCCAACCUUUUUUUUAUAUAGAUUUUUUUAUAUUUUAUGAUGCUUGUAUAUUACUUGGCUAGACUGGACGUCUUGUUAAUACCAGUGUUAUUUUUUUUAACACUAAAAGAUUUUUCCAGUUUAAAUAAAGCAUUUAUUUAUCAUUAUUAGCAAAGAUAGAGCCUCCCGUAUAAAGGUUUAUGUAUUACUCCGGCCAUGAGAUGUUUUUCUUGUUCCCGACAAGGCCGUCAAGAAACUGUCUCACAGUAUUUCUGUACUCGCGUAUUUAUCCAGUGGAAGGUGUGGUAAACGAUCGAAGCCACCUCCUUCUCUGACGGUCUUCUUCUAUAGUCGACGAAGUCAUGAUUCUACAAGAGCCUUGUUUCUUGGCACUAAAGGCUACAGAUAAUUACAGAUACGAUUCGAUAGAUUUUGUGGUUUGCCCUGGGUUCGUUCGUUCCGUAAAGACGUUGCAAACCACUUUUUUAUUGUGAAAGAUGUUUAUUCAGUUAGUGCCCGGGCAGGCGGCUCGGAGGAAAAAUCCGCGUACUCUCAAUAGGAGUCGAACCUACGACCUUUUGGUUACUAGUCCAGCCAUUCUCUUUCACUCAAAGCUACAGGAGACUCGACGGAGCUAAGGCGACUAAACUAGGUUCAUGUCACAAACAUCCAGCAUACUGCUAGGACUGAAAUGUCGAAAUGUGCGUAUGCUCAUUGAUAGCGAGUCCUCGGAUUUUUUUCUUCCGAUGUGCUUCCGCCACUGACUGAAUAAACAUUUUUCUCAUUUGUCCACCAGUCUGAAAAUUCACCAUCACAUUCCAUCACUUUUUUAAUUGAACUUUCAGGAUUUUACUCACCUUCCAACUGGCGGAGCUGUGUCGAUGGCAGUCGUUGUACCAAAGCUGUCUGCCCCUGGGAGAGACCUUUUACAGGUUCUUAUAUGUUCUCUUUGUUCUGGCUUGUGUAGAUUUUUAAAACGGGGGUUAUGUCACGAGGAUGUUAAUGUUCUUGGCCAAUUCUGUGCUGAAGUCAUAACUUAGUACCUUUAGUUUACUUAUUUACACAAAGCUUCUGUAGAGAAAUGAAGACGAUAUCAAUCACAUUUCAUCAUAGGGCACUAUCCAUAAAAUUUUUUGGUGAUUUUUUCAGGCAUAGCACUAAAACUUGAAAGAGAGUUUAAAUCCAUGUCCAUCCUUGAUAUCCGUGAUAUCCACAGACGACACUGAGGAAACAGUUUCAGUGCCGAAAUAUGGUCUUAAAUAACAAAACUCGACCAUUAGUUUUGGAAUUCACUUAAUGCGACGACACGUCGUAGCUUUUUAAAAAGAUAGAAAAUAGCUUGACAUAUCAUAGUGAGCUGGAUCCUUGAUUUCGGUGCCGACAUAGGGUUGCGUUUGCCUCCUAGUUUGAUAAGGGAUGCGGAUUAGAAAACCACAAUAAAGAUAACGGUCUUGGCGACACAGUGAGCGAGACACACAUUUUAAAUCUUCAUUAGCCUACGGCCCCGGCUUUGUAGUCAAGAUAUCUUAAUUGGGCACUGAAAAAUGUAAGCCAGGGCGCCGUGGUAAUACUUCCUCGUUCCGCUGGUGCGAUAUAUUGAAAAAAAUUCAUUGAAUUCGAUUCGGCUCAUGUGAAGUACGGCAUUUAAACCGGGCCUGUGACACUCCACUCCUACUGCCCCAAAGGUGAACUACAAGGUCGAUUUUGCAAGCUUUUUAAAACAGCACCACAUGAAAAUACGUUCAAUUUCUGUAGCUUUUAUUUCAAAGAUCAAACUUAAAUUUUCACACACACACUAUUAAAAUUCAAACUAAAUAUCCAUGUGAUCAUAAAAUGCAAAAAUCGGAAAAAUGUGCUUGGCGCUGAAGACCACGCCCUAAAACAAACAAGUAUCUUCUUAAGAACAUGAAUAUCAGCAUUUUGCAAAAAGCUUUGAUAUCAGUUUUGGGAAAUGCUAUUAACCAUUCCUCUCAGGCUUUUUUUGUUGAUAUUUCCUCGGUCUUCUUUAGAAGGCGUUGGAUCACCUUGCUUAUAGUUUCGCCCAUUUUAUCUUCCUGUCGCCCCAGUUAUCCACCCAUCGGUCUCCGAUGCUGUAAUUUGCUUGCAAAAUUGAACGGUUCCUAACUGCACUCAUUUCAUUUUGCCAGAAAUUGUUGGUUCUCAACCCCGCUCAUAGGAUAUCAGCCGAAGACGCCAUGCGGCAUCCCUACUUCUCCGACCUCAGUCCGUCGUUUCGCGCAUAAACCGACAAAAACAGACAUGAAGACCUUCAGAUGCCCCUUAACAUUCGCUCUAAGCCACAUCCUUCAAGUAUAAAUCAUAUUGUAAUCAUAUUUUAGCCAAUCUUUAUUAAUAUGUUCAUAAAUG